ACCUGUCCAGAGGAAAAGUUGCCCAGUUGCCCAUAGCAACCAAUCAGCUCACUUCUUUCAUUUUUAACAAGGCCUCUGCAAAAGGAACUACAAAAACGACAAAGAGGAGCGCUCCAUGGUGCAGAUAAACGAUGACAAAGGAAACGUUGAUGUAAAGAAUGUGCUUACCAAUAUCGAUUGUGCAAAGGCCAGCACAACUUGGAGAAAAGCGUAGUCUACUAUAUCUGGAUUACAGUAUUUGGUGAAAUUGGGCAGUGCUGUAGAUACAGUAAUAUGGACACAUGGGACAGUGGAAGGAUCAUGUUUCACAUGCUGGUCAGCAGACUGUCAGUGCCCAAUGACAAGACUGUCUGAGCCACAACUGAGAUACAGACUGGCAGGUCUCCUUCAACAUAGCCUUUUAAUGUUCUGUAAGCAUGCAGCAGUGAGACAUCUUCAUGGAAAAACAACCCUGAUGUGACCUCCAAUACAUUAUGUAAUAAGGUGCAUUUUUCCAAACCAGAUUAAAAAUCUCAUUAACCUGAACCACAAUGGAUUUGUACAGCUUACCAAAUGAAACCGGUCCAGACAAUGAGACAUUAGACAUGCUUGGAAACCCAGUCAUACGGUUGGCCUUACCUGUGGUGUAUUCAUUUGUGACUUUAAUAAGUAUUCCUGGAAAUAUAAUUUCACUUUGGAUUCUGAUACGUCACUCUAAACCCAUGACGUCUUCAAUAAUUCUCAUGAUUAACUUGAGCAUUACAGACCUUGCACUUGCCAUGCUUCUCCCCUUCCAAAUACACUACCAUUUAAAUGGGAAUGACUGGAUAUUUGGAAAUGAACUUUGUAAUGUGGUGACCAUCAUGUUUUAUGUGAAUAUGUACGGUACCAUAUUAACAAUCAUGCUGAUAAGCCUUGAGCGAUACUUAGGCAUUGUUUACCCAAUUAAAUCAAAAAUGUGGAGGAAAAAAAGGUAUGCGGUGGGAGCCAUUCUUCUAAUUUGGCUGCUGUUAUUAAUUGCAUUGUACCCUAUGGAGUCGACGGAUCUAAUAUAUAAAGUGAAGAAUCCAAACAUCACAACGUGUUUUGAUGUUCUCAAAUGGACAAUGUUACCAAACCUCUUAUCUUGGGCAUUCUUCAUCAUUGGACUUUUCCUUUUCUUUUUUUUUAUUCCAUUUUUCAUAACUGUGGCUUGUUAUGUCUGUAUUAUAAGGAAAUUGAUUCAAACAUCCAACAGGCAUGGUGCUGGAUAUGAAAGAAGAUCUAUUAAUCUUGCUAUAUUUGUCCUGGUAGUAUUUAUCACCUGUUUUGCCCCAAACAAUUUUAUCCUUCUGCUGCACACAAUUGUUCGUCUGUUCUAUAAAAAAAGUUUUUACCAUGCUUACAAACUGACACUUACGUUGAGCUGUUUAAGCAGUUGUGUGGACCCUUUCCUCUAUUACUUUGCUUGUAAAGAAUUUCGGAAAAAAGCAUUAGAGUUGUUGGACUGCCGAUCACGAGGCAACGACUGGUCUGAAACCAGACGAGAAAGCUUGUUCUCCGCACUGACUUUUUCCAGUGGACAGGGUGAAGUCCCAGACAACGGGAAAAAACACAGAUGUAACAGUAACCGCCAGGAGAGCGAUAUGUAAAGAUUAUUGUACCCUAAUUCUAUGAGGGAACUGAAGUUUAUUUUUUUGUUCACCUAAUAGUGAGAUCUCAGUUCAUUAGCAUUUGGAUAAAGAACUUGAAACUACAAAGGCAGCGCUUUCAGCUCUGGAGAUGUUUUUUAGAUGAAGUUUACGAGAUGGCGUAGAUUUCCACUUUAAUUUAUGUCACUUUCUGGUGUAAAUGAUGACAAAUGCAGUGGGCCAUGGAGGUCAUGUCCUCUUUACACCAAGCCCCCAAAAAGUGACAAGCUUGGAGUAAAAAUAAUUUUAUCUCAAAUGAGCUUUGCGCAAAAAUGUGUGGCUCCCCCCCCCCCCAUAAAACUGGCAUGUUUGGUAAAUCGCCCCCCCCCCCCCUUCUUGUAAGUGCUUCAUGAGACAUUACAGGGUUGGUAUAUAUUCCUAAUAAAUUAUAACCGAACAGAUUAGCAAACUUCAAGCAGAUAGGAAGUGAUGUCCUCACUUAAAAGGGUUGUCCAGGAAAAAACCCUAUACUUGCUGCCUCUCUGGUCAUGUAGCACGAGACAUUGUCUUUUUUCAAUGUUUACCUGCUGUCUGCGCAUACACAAAAAAAUAAAAAAUAAAAAAUACUCCCAAAAGUGUUAUCAGUCAUUUUACUGACCAUCGAAUACGGAGUUGUCUAACAUUACAUUACAGUAUUAAACAAUCCAUUUUUAAGAAGGACUGAUGAAUGAGAAUGACUGAAGUACAUGUGUAUAUUGCUACUGUUUUUGUUACAGGUCAAGUGUAAUUACAAUUUAUGUUCAGUCUAUAUAGCUGCAUUGGGUUUACGCAAUUCUAUUCAUUUCACAAAUGACACAU